GGAGGGCGCAGUGGGGGCUGGGCGGUGGCACCGGCGUUGCCUCGGUGCCCGGGGCGCGCGUCCCUAGCAGCCGCCGCCCACGUCAAGGUUUGUUUAAUAAUCGCCCGGGGAUUUAAGGCCUGGGCUCGCGGCGGGCCGCGGGGGAGCCAGGAGACCGCGCCGGGCAGCGGAUGAGGCGCGGAGGCUGUGGCCCAGGGCACCUCCCCCCGGCUUCCCCAAACCCUGCCCGGUCAGACCCGAGGGGGAGGAUGGAAACAUCGGCCGAACUCUGAGCCCCUCAGGAAGAUAACACCCUUCCCGCCCAGUCGCCCUGCGGUCCAGCGGAGGCCACCGACUCGUUCCCUCCAAGUCUCCAUCUCCCCGAGCCGGACCGAGCGGAAAAACCAGCGAUGGCGGAAACCCUGAGGAAACUGGUCUCCAACGAUUUUUUACGAACGAUGUACGAGAACCUGGAGCUCUGGCAGAGGGAUUACAACACAAACUCAUGUGAUCAGAAUCUAAGUUUUUGCCUGGAAUUCAUUGAACAAGUUGCCAAGAUUCAGGGACAACUCUUUGGAAUCCUCACUACAACAGCUCAAGAAGGAGGACGUUAUGAUGGUGUGGAAGUAAUCAAAUCACGCCUUUUGCCUUGGCUGGAGACCGCCUUUACUGCUGCUUCCCUGGGAAAACCUAUUGACAGCAAGGUCCCCUCUCUGCAGGACACGUUUGAAAGGGAGAGACAGAAAGAGGCUGGGGCUCGAGAUCGGGAGAUGAAACAAUUAGAAGUGGAGCUGAGCUCAACUCAUAAUCAAAUCAACCAGAUUCAAGACGAUCUGCCUGACUCUCCAAAGACUCUUGAAGCAACCAAGAACAGUUCGGCCAUAUCCCUUUUGGCUGCAGAGGAGGAAAUAAAUCAGCUAAAAAAGCAGCUUAAAUCUCUUCAAUCCCAGGAGGAGUCCCGCCAGAGAGGCUCAGCGCAUAGAGCCGCUGUGCAAAAGAGCUCAGAGCGAGGUGCGGAGCCCAGAGGUGCGGAGUCCAGAGGCCCGGAGUGGAGGAUCUCAGAGUUGAGGCGGUCAGAGCAUCGCAGCUCCGAAAAGCGCAGCGGCUUGGACAAGCGCAUCUCCGGCUUGGACAAGCGUGACCGUGACCGUGACCGUGACCGUGACCGUGACCGUGACCGGUGUGACCCCGAAGUGAUAUCCGAUUAUGAGAAGCAGGUCCGCUCGCUGAAGGACGAGAUCGCUGCUCUGACGGCCGAAAAGUCUGCCCUCCAAGGAAGGUCCGCCCGGAGCCAGUCUCCCAGCCCGGUCGCUCGCAGCCGCAGCCCAGGCGCUCGCAGCCCCAGCCCCAGCCCCAGCCGCAGCCGCAGCCGCAGCCGCAGAGGCAGCCGCAGCGAAAGCCGCAGCCGCAGUCACAGCCGCAGUCGCAGUCGCAGAGGCAGCCGCAGCCGCAGCCCCAGCGGCAGCCGCAGCCGGUCGGGCAGCCCCUCCAACGCGAUGGUGAAGAUCAGGACGCCGUCCCCGAACCGCGCCAAACUGUCCAGUGCGGCGCGCAAGGCCGCGCUCCUGUCCCGGUUCAGCGACGCCUACUCCCAGGCCCGCCUGGACGCGCAGUGCAUGCUGCGGCAAUGCAUCGACAACGCCGAGACCGUGCAGCGCAUCAUCUACAUCGCCACCGUGGAGGCAUUCCAUGUAGCUAAAAUGGCGUUCAGACAUUUCAAAAUCCGCGUAAGGAAAUCUUUGACACCAUCUUAUAUGGGGGCAAAUGACUUUGAGGAUGCCGUCACGGAUUAUAUAAUUUGUCACCUUGAUCUAUACGAUUCCCAAAACAGUGUCAACGACGUGAUUCGAGCCAUGAAUGUCAAUCCCAAGAUUUCAUUCCCUCCGGAAGUUGAUUUUUGCCUCCUCAGUAACUUCAUCCAGGAGAUAUGUUGCAUUGCCUUUGCGAUGCAGACUUUAGAGCCACCCCUAGAUAUUGCAUUUGGGGCCGAUGGAGAAAUGUUUAAUGAUUGCAAGUACCGUCGCAGCUAUGACUCGGAUUUCACGGCACCCUUGGUCUUCUAUCACGUGUGGCCUGCCCUCAUGGAGAAUGACAUCGUCGCUAUGAAGGGGGAAGCUGUCACCAAGAGAGGGGCUUUUUGGAAUUCUGUGCGACCGCUAAGCCGAAGUCGAAGCAGGAGUUUAAGUCCCAUCUGCCCCCGUAGCCGUAUUGGUAUGAGCCUGAUAUCUCGAAGCCGGAGUCCUUCUCCAAUAAGAUGUGCACUGCCAAGGUAUUAAACCACCAGGCGUGUUCCUCUGCCACAGCACAUCACCCGCACCAGCGCAUCUGCACCAGCCAGCCUCCCCGGCGCCCGCCCGCCCGCCCGCUGUGUCUGCCGCACUCCUCACUUAGGAUAAUGUGAAAGGGCAAUUCUGUGUAUCACUCCACACAGAGACUUAAAUGUUUUGGCUUGACGCAUUUGUAACUUCAGAUAUAUUGCAUUUUAUUUUAUUUGAUAGGUACCAACCCCAUGACUUUGAUAAAAACGAUUGCAUGGGUGUUUAGGAUCACAUUCAUUCGAAGGAGUCCAUUGCCCAGGUUCAGGGUUCUCAUGGCAACUGGGUGAACGCCCUCGGAAAACCUUUACCAUGCCGAGUCCAAAAGACAGGAGAGGUCGUAGUUUACAGUUUGAUCAUCAGCAUUAUAAUUAAUAGGAUUAGCUCUAACUUGAAAACAAAAUUGGGUGUUUUACUUUGCUUUUGAGGUUUGGAAGCCAGCCCUAAGCUCAGGUUGGGGAACUUGUAGCAGGAAUGGUGACUUUAGGCUGCAUACAGAUGAUGGUGAGUGACCAGGCUGUAGGUCAUUCAUUGGCUUGCUUCUGCUUUCUUACUUUGGGUGCCCAGUUUGGUUGAGCUGAGUACUGUACGUUGAAGCUACUGAGUUGAGAGAGUUUUCUCGCUUCAUAAGUGCGGAGCAGUGAUUUGGACAGAAGGCAGCAUUGAGAUAAAUGUUCAUUACCUUAUGCUUAUCUCCUGGGAAUGUUUCAUACAGCUUUAAUGUAUGUGUUAAAUAUAACAGCUACCUGGGCCACGCCCUUUCCCUAUUCCACCUACUUGGUCACAAAUUCAGACCUCCUAUGAACUCUGUCUGACCCCAAAUACCUAAACUCAAGGCCUAAAACUAGGAACACCAUUUACUGAUUUUAUUCUUCAAUUUCUUCACUGUGAAGUUCUGUUGUAAAUUCAAGAUAAAAAUGGAAUGUGGCUUUUCAAGAUAAGCAAUAGUCUUUUUAGGCUUUUUGUUUAUUUAUUUAUUUUUUUACUUUAACACCGGCCUUGUACACAAGCCUGACAAAUGACUGCUUUCGCCAAGUGCCUUUUAGAGAGGAACUCUGAAUUGGCCACAGCUCAGCUUGCAUCAACUCAGUGCCAAUCCCAGCACCUGAAGCUUUUCAGGUGGAACCUCCCCGCUUCCCUGCCGAAUUUCUCUAAAACAUCUGUCCCUAGAGAGGGGGGAGAGAUCGCCCAGUGCUGCCCUUGGGUGUAAUGUCACCAGCGCAUCCUGCAGGGUGAGUUGGUUUUCCCUACGCGGAGUAUUUGUGUAGUUCUCUCUGCGGGGCCAUGCAGGGUGCUAGAAGGAGAACCUGGUGUCGGGUAACUCCAGUUCCGUUUGGUCAUUAGCUGGCUUUGUGGCCUUGAGCACGUUACUUCACCUCUCUGAGCCUUUGUCCCCUGUGGAGUGAGAGGCUGGAUGAGAUUAGUGGUUCUCUGCACCCUCCCAGUGUCAGUGCCCCCUUUUUCAAACAAAUAUUUUUUUUCUGGCAAUUCUGAAGUGAAAUUCAAAGUUAAUGGGGUCAACAUGACAUAUAUUUUUAAACAAUGAAUAUAAUACCCUAACUGUAAUAGGAUGCAGUAAAAAGGAAAGGCAGUUUUUAAGAGAAUAAAAUGUAUUUAAUAGCAAAGCUUGGGUGUGACCAUCUGGAAGACAGAAUGAAGUCAUCAGAUGCUUUCACCGUGUGUAGCAUCACAAGCUCCCAGGGCAGACCAGUGUGUGUUGCAUUGGCAACAUUCCACAUAGGGUUGUCACUGGGUAUGAUUCUCUGAAGUGAUAGACAGCUCUUGGAAAGUUUUGAACAAAAGUCUUAGAGUUGUGCCUUGUACACGCAUUCCUGGAAUAGUCGCUGGAUAGUAAAACCAUGCAACAAUUACCUUUAGCUAUAUGUCGAAAGGUCAUUUCUAACAUCUCACUGAGUAAAGAGAAUGCUUACAUACCAGAAUUUUCUUUGUGGAGUUGGAUGUGGAAGUUCAUGCCCUGAUUUGGAAAAAGGACACCUGUAUUCAGUGUAUGUGCUCCGUACCCUGUCUGGCCACGUGCCCUUUCUCAGGUCUCCAGUUUGAACUAUAACCACAACAGGGAAUGGUGGGUAGUCUAGAGUAAUUUUUGGAAAAAAAUCCACAAAACCAAAGGAGGCCGACCUGUGCUCCUUUCACCUGGGUAGGCACCUUAACCUGAGUGACUUUGAAAAAUGAAAAGCUCUUACUUCAUAAUCUGGGUAAAUAUUAGCUUCUGUAUUAUUGGUUUAAUAUCGAAUAAUAAAAUUGAGGAAAAAAACUGCUUCUGUAACUAACUGUAGGUUCUUUGCUAUAAAAUGCUUUCCUUCCAGGUUCCCAAGGUCAGCAAUGCCUUUCACCCACCCCCAU